AUCGCACUUCACGUUUAACGCGAUAAACCAUACGAAUUUUGUAAAGAGUAAUAAUUUGGACGCUAUCCAAUUCCAAUUAUAAUGUUCUAUCACAUAAUCAUAAUAUUCGGAUUUCGAACGUUAUUGGUAAAAUAAUAGGAUUUUAUUAAAGUAAUUAUCCGUCAGGAUGCCAGGGAAGAUAAAAGUAAAAGUAUUGGCGGGUCGCAAUCUGCCAGUAAUGGAUCGUUCUGGUGAUACGACGGAUGCAUACGUCGAAUUAAAAUUUGGCAAUAUAACGUUUAAAACAGACGUAUGCAGAAAAUCGCUCAAUCCUCAAUGGAAUUCAGAAUGGUACAGGUUCGAAGUUGAUGAUUCUGAACUGCAGGAUGAGCCAUUGCAGAUCCGAUUAAUGGACCAUGAUACCUAUUCUGCAAACGAUGCAAUAGGGAAAGUUUAUAUAAACUUAAAUCCAUUAUUGUUGCCUGGUGUUCCUCCCACAGUUAAAAAUAUCUGGACAUUAGAGGCUGCAAUGAAUACCAAUGCUGGUUCUCAAAGUGGUUCUGUUAUGACUGGAUGGAUACCAGUGUAUGAUACAAUGCAUGGAAUUCGUGGUGAAGUUAAUAUUAUUGUUAAAGUAGAGUUAUUUUCUGAUUUUAAUAGAUUCAGACAAUCUUCCUGUGGAGUACAAUUUUUUUAUUCACCAAAUAUACCUCACGGAUAUCAUACUCAAAGUAUACAUGGUUUUGUAGAAGAAUUAGUUGUUAGUGAUGAUCCUGAAUACAAAUGGAUUGAUAAGAUAAGAACACCCAGAGCCUCAAAUGAGGCAAGGCAAACAUUAUUUUUUAAACUAAGUGGGGAAGUUCAAAGGAAAAUUGGCUUGAAAGCUCUAGACCUUGGUGGAAAUGCUGUUAUUGGGUAUUUACAAAAUUUUGACCUGGAAGGUGAAUCUGGCAUUGUAGCUCGGGGGAUAGGUACAGCCGUUACACUUGUGAAAUUGCAGGAUACCUUGAACUUUUCAUCUGACGAUAUAGAAGAGGCAUUCUUUUCACAACACAAAGCACAAAAGGAACGUACAGGACUCGAUGAGAGUAUGCCGUUAUAUCCCGUUACUUCCACUCAUAUCCUUGAUCCUCGUUUUGCGAAUACACAAACCACGCGUGUAAAGGAUGAUUUUCCACAUCAUUCAAAGAUAUCUAGAAGUCCUCGGCGAAUUAUGACAAAGACUGAAUGUCCUUGCCGUAAAUUACGUGACAUAAGAACUAUUGAGAGGUCAUCAGACACGAAUAAUUUAAAGAAAACUCCAGUUUCAUACCCGACUUCAACUGAAUCCAUUAUUCAAGAUGCGUCCAUAAGAAUGAUGCUAGCGUUGGAAGAUGAAAGAGGUGAAAGCAAAAAUAUAUUGGACGUUCGCAAAAAUUUAAGGAGAUUAUUUAGUACAAGUGAUACAGAAAGUAAAUCUAGUACUUCUUGGUUAAAUAGUUCAGCUAGAUCUUCCGUUGGAAGUAUUCAAUAUUCAAAGAAAGGGAAAGCACUUAAGGACAGUAAAGAAGGAGUUGCCGCUCUUUUAAUAAAGUCUAUACAUAAUGUUCCCUUAGAGCAUGUUAAGGAAGAUCAUGAAUUAUCAACAGCCCUUUCUCUGUCUGAUAAUACGAAGGAACACGAAAAUAUCGAUGAACAUGCUAUCCAAAAAGGAAAAAAUAAGGAUGAUUUUAAAGCCGAAAUCUAUACCGUAACCCCGAAAGAACAGAUGAAGAGGGAACACGAUUCUUCGUUCGAAGAAAACACAUCCAGUUCUAACGGUUUUUCGAACGAAUCAUCAAUUGAUAGUACUAGUUAUAAUAUUUUAAACGAUUCAAAAUUUUCAACCGACGAAGAAUUGGACGUCAUCGAUCAGUUUAGGAAACUUCGUAGAGCCGAUACUUUCCCUUCAUUAAAAAGAAAACCAACGCAAGUAAGGUUACAAGGAACAGAUAGCGAUACGUGUCCUCUUCACGAAGAGAGUACAUCCCCUCCACUUGUUAAAUGCCUAUCUAUGAAUCAAAUAUUGACAUUUAAUUUCGAAUUUGCUGCAAGUUCGGAAAUAAGGAAAGAUCAUCCGCAAACAGCAACAGCAGGGUUUAAUAAAAAUCUGGAAGGUGAGAAAGUUUUACAAAGCCGACAAAGUAGUGAAAAUUUACAAGACUUCAAUCUUCCGCUCGCGACGAGUACGCCUGUAGAAAGUUCUGUAGAAGAAACGAAAUCGGAUUCUUCAAUUAUUGAUGUAGCAAAAAAAUUAACUGCUCUUGUUACUGAUUAUGAAAAAUGUGACGAACUUAAACAAUGUAAUCAAAUUUCUGUAAUAAGGGAACCUACUUCAGAAGAUAUUUUGAAUGAUGUGGAUAAUGUGAAAGAUAAUGAAUCAUCUUAUGCCGAUGAUUGUGAAGUACCUAUCUCGACGUAUUCUCUGUUGCAAAGUGCAAGUAAAACUGAAAGUAAGGAUAAGGUAGCAAUACCUAGGCGGAUAGAUAGAGAUUUCUUUCAAAGAUUUCCUUCUGUGAUCGAUGAGGUAGAUGAAAUCACUUUGAAAGACUCUUUUAAAGAUAAGCAACACACUGAAAGAUUAGAGGAGGGCGAUGCAUUAAAAUUAAUUUUAUUAUCACGAUCACUUCCAUCAUUACAACAGUAUGAAUUCUCUACUGCAGAGUCAAAUUUAAGAAAAGAUCUGGACAAUAAACUAACGCCAGAAACUAUGUCGAAAACUUCGUCCAGCAUCGAAAGUUUAUUACAAUCUUCGUGCAACGAAACUUUUGAUGUAAUUCACAAGAAUAGACAACGUCGUAUGUUAGAUUUAAUCAGAAUAAUUGACACGAAAAUGAUGGUGCAUCCGCUUCAUCAUAAUAACAACGAUGGUCACUUUAGAAGGAAAAGACGAGAUAGAGCAUGCAGAAAUAUUAAUCCUCGAAAUUUACAUGAGAAUUUGCAUAAUCAGUUUCUGAAAAAACACCUCCACAAUCAGAAAUGGGCAAAAGUUACACGUGUGUCCUCGUUCUCUAAAGAUUUUCCUUUAGGCGAAUCCAUGCCAACAUUGCGUACACCUGACACCUCGUCCUACAAUUCCUCUCUCGAGAGUGUAAUCAUCUACGACACGCUAAUUCGAUCACAUUUAUGCAGAACAACUGAGUCGUUUUAUUCGAGAGAUAACUUCAUAACCAAAAGAUCUACAGUCGAUCCGAAAACGUACGAGAUUGCUGCGAAAGAAUUAACUCUAGAUACACAAAGCAGCGAUUCGUUUAAAAAUGAUAAUAACACCAUAGAAAUGAAUCAACUAAAGCCAAAAGAUACUAACCAUUCGACAUCAUUCACAUCUGUAGAUCAUGCGGUACAUGAGAGUCAUAGCAUUUGUAAUAUAAGAGAAGCAUUAGAUCAGGAUGAAUUAACUAAUAUUACUAACACUGCUAAUAUGACUUACAACUCGUGUGUGUCCCCCCCUUCCCUCGAUCAUAGGCAACAAGAUGAGGCAUCUCUAAGUCCGUCUUAUCCACUUCCGGCUGUUCCUCCUAUGGUUUCAAAAGUAUGCCAAUUACCGACGACUAAGGCACAACCCACUGCCCCGUUGCAUCGAAGAUCCAGUGACUCUGAUUUGAGCAUUACUCCAAAAGGCAACUCAUUUGGAGCAAAUGAUAGAUCAACGACUGGAUUACUAAAAACGUCAGCUGCUGUGAUAAGAACCAUGAAUCAAGAUGCAUUUGAAAUGUUAGAGUACCCAUUUAUUACGAUGCAACAGUACCCGCCAGGAUUUAUUUUGCAUAUCGGUGGUCUUGUAAGCUCAAGAUCAGUCAAACUUCUCGAAAGGAUCAGCAAUUUAGAAGAACCCGAGAGUCGUGAUGCGUGGUGGAAAGAAGUUAGAAUGGAAGUUCGAUCGCAUGCGAGAGCAUUAGCUUGUAACGUAGUGAUUGGUUACAAAGAGGAAACUAGUAUUUGCGAUGAUGUCUGCGUGUUAAAUGCAUAUGGAACUGCGGCAGUAAUUAAUCUUCAUAGCUCAAGUCAGGAUGCAGACAAUGUUUUUGUUAGUAAAGCACAAUCUGGAUCCGGUGUUAAUGCCACGGAAGUAGAACGCGAGAAAGCUCAACAGAAAUCUGCACCUAUAAAAGAAGAGAAAAGCGAUACGGAUACGUCUGUGCCAACUUCUACGCAAACCUACAAAGUAAGGCAUAUGUCAGAGAGUAGAGAUCACGAGAGAGAUGUCCAAUUUCAAAGUAAAUGCAGUCUCUGUCAUCUACCGUACAACGAGGCGAGUGUUCCGUUUCGUGUAAACGUCUCAAAAUGCGGCAUAUGCAAACGUGCCAGAGUACCGGAUGUGAUGUUCACUACUAUAGAGUUACCAGAAAACGUAUUAAUGACCGGACGAGGAUGCAUCAUUCAAGCUACCGCGUGUAAAACCAAGAAAGAUCUCAGAGGAGAAUUAAAUGCCAAGGAGAUAUCGGAUUGCUUACCAUUUUUAGAAUACGAAUUGCAUAGUUUACUCUUAAACAAAUUAAAGGUCAAAGGAAUGAAUUCGAUAUUUGGCUUGAAGUUACAGAUCUCUGUUGGUGAACGACUAAUCAUUGGUAUGGCUGUGGGUACGGCUAUAUUUUUAACCGCCUUACCCACACCCUCUGUUCCACAAAUUGCUUCUGGAAAUUCUUGGCAUAAAGAGGAGCAAUUAGCAGAAAUUCAGAAAACUUUAGUCGAAACAGUCAAACAGAACAGAGAAUUCUAUCGGCUCAAAUCUGUUGGGGACGUUGAAAAUGGACGUGUCACGACUUCUGAUACCGAUGAAUCGGACGACGAUCUCCCAGAUUUAGAUUUUAGCGUAGGUCCGAGAGAUACUUGUGUGCUAGAAGUCGAUGAUAUCGAAGAUAUGGAUAGAAUAUCGUUACUGAUGGAUGAUAGGCCACCGGAGGAUUUCCACGUAGUAAAUACUCAAACGAUUCCUGGUUUAGACGAUUUGGAAAUCGUGAGGAAUUUGCAAAUGUUUACUCAAAUUUCGAGAACGAAAAUUCCCACUGGACAAUUUGCAUCAAUGCCAUCUAAAUAUUUUGCUAGAUUACUUCAGUCUGUAUAUUUCAAAUUAAGAAGAAUGAUCCCCUGUGCGCUCUGUGACAUGCAAUUUAAGUUGGCGCUUCCCGAGCCAGAUGAAAUACAAUUCACAGUAAUUGGUAUGGCCCUUGGAUUAGGAGAUCCUGUAAAAAUAAAUAAAUCUAAGAAAAAGCUGAUAAGUCAUUCUGCGAGUAAAGACCAAGUUAAAAGACAAGAUGAUAGCGAUAUGAUAUUUAAUCUUGACGUGGAUCAUACGGAAGUUUCGUCGGACAAUGUAUCUAACAGUAAUAUGAAUUCAACUACCCUAGUUCAUGCGCCAUCGCUGAAAUCCCGGAAUCGUUCGCCAUUACGAUCCAAGAUUUUUACAACACGUAAACAUAAACAUGUGCCUUUAAAGGGAAGGUACGGUGUAGAUAUAACACCUCUGUCUUAUCUACCGGGUGGCCGCAUAGAAAGGUAUCUAGGAAAUUUAAACUUCUUCUUCAUUCGUGAGAGCACAUCCAUCAGAGAAAAUGGUGGUCUGAGUGGAUUUACUCAUAGUUUUGUGAUGGAAGUUUUGGCAAUCGUUCGCGCGCAUAUUACGGCUUUGGGUGGUAAUGCGAUGGUAGCGUUUUUUAUGACCAAGUGCGUACUCCUCCACAGUCCGCACAAAAACCAAGGUCAAUGUUUGAUAAAUGUCGGCGGAGAUGUGGUAUCCGUAUCGUACUUCACAGAUGAAAAACACUGUGGUGUUUCAAAUUGCUGACCCCAACCUCCACAUUCUGCACCUCCAUAGCUACAACCGCACUCCGAGAAGCAACGUUGGAGAUUUGACUUCUCGCUGAUCGAUAAACUCCAUUAAUCGUUUUGGACAGAUCGUAUCUUUUAUCUUACAAUCCUGUGAUAGGAUAGAGUUUGUAAAUAUUCGAAUCUUUAGCGUAUAAGUACUAUAAGUUGCGAGAAUUCGAUUAAUGGAUUUAGAUAAGUUUAUCAAAUUUCGUAAAUUUAGUUAAGCGGCUUUCUCUAACGAAAACGAUAAUUGUGUUACAAGACGCACAUGUUCGAUUCAGCACGGUCUUAGGUAGGCCUUUUAAAGAAUUCUAAAUGCUGCUUCGAUGAUUAGGUGCCUUGAAAAUUGCACAGAAAAUUUGCGAACGAUUCUUCUGUUCAACGAAGUAGAUAGUCGUUGGAGGCAAAUUGUAUGAUUCAGGCAUCUGAAUGGAUUCCCAUUUCUCGUUCGGUUGUAACAAUAACAACAAAAGGAAAAGACGUAGACAUUUCUUAAGUUCUGACACAGAUGAAAGUGCGGUGAUCGAUAUUAGUGUGGAUAAGCGUUCGCUCUCUUUAAAGGAUGAUAACGAUCGACGUUGCUGGCUCGUAAAAAUGAAUUUGCCAGUAAACAUUUGUUUAUAAUUUUGCAGAUAUUAGAAUAAGAGAAGGGUAUACAUAUAAACAAGCUUGAUCGUUAUGGGACAGAAAUUCAAGUUUUACGACCUUUUUGUCUAAGGUUGGGGAAUAUCUUUUCCGAAAUUCAAAGCUACGUAAAAUGUACAAAAUUAGAUUACGAGACAGAGUACGGCUUACGAAGUAUCCUGUGUAUUUGGAUUGUUAUGCAUGUGUCUCCAAUCCUUUACAUUUGGUCGUUGUUCGUCGAUAGUCGUACCAAUUUAUUGUUAUCGAUUUAACGCUUAUUCUGCGAGAACUAAACGACGUGAUAAAUGUGCAUUGCAAAAUGUGUUUGUGUUUUAUUUUAACAUAGCUAUCGAUUAUUAAUCCCUCUGUUACAAUGUGAUUAAAUAAAAUCGUCGUGUAAUUAAA